AUGUCGAGCCUCUUUGACCGUAAACCCCUCUUUACUUCCCAUUUGCCCUUUUCUUCUGUCUUACCUCAUAUCAAGUCACACGUUCUGGUCAGUGGGCUGCUUCGGGUCAAUCGUCGCAACCGGUCCAAUGCGUACGUCUUUUCAGAAGAACUCAACAGUGAUAUCUACAUCUGUGGCUCCAGAGAUCGAAACCGUGCACUGGAAGGCGAUUAUGUCGCUGUCAAGCUUGUCGAGGUCGAGCGGGUCUUGAUGGAAAAACAUGAAAAAGAAGAAGCCAAGCUGGCCAGAAACCAUGGACAGCCAUUGAUAAGAAAACCAGACGAAGAGGAUGAGAAGGAAAUUAUUUUUGGCGGUGAAGAUGAUGUAGAACAGAUACCUCCAAAGUAUUGUGGAACCGUCGUCGCUAUACUUGAUCGUGCACAAAAUCAAGUUUUUUCAGGAACGCUAGGACUAACAAGACCGAGUCAUAAAAAGUCAGAUGGCCCUCAACAAGAAAGGCGAAAUAGCAUGAAUAAUCCACCUCGUAUCAUUUGGUUUAAGCCAACAGAUAAACGUGUACCACUGAUCGCUAUCCCUGUUGAACAAGCCCCUCCAGGAUUUGUAGAAAGUCCAAACUUGUUUGAGCAUCGUCUCUUUUUGAGUUCUAUCCGUCGUUGGCCUAUCACUUCCCUGCAUCCUUUUGGUGUACUCGAACGAGAACUGGGAAGUGUGAAGGAUGUUGAAGUGCAGUUGGAUGCCAUCUUUGCUGAUAACAAUGCCUCCACUGAUGUCUUAUCUCUAGACGCUUCGCUUACCGACGCAUUUGAAGACCGGUUGGACCUGCGCCAUGUGCCUUGCUUUACCAUCGGCAAAGACAAACAAAACGCCCUCUCGAUUGAACAAAUGGAGGAGACGGUCAAAGUAGGCUUUCACGUGGCCGAUGUGACCUCCUUAGUAGAACUUGACUCGCAGCUGGAGAAAGAGGCAAGAUCACGCGGUAUACAAAUGGACGGUGUUUUGAAGCAUAUACCGAUUUGGCCUGAUGAGUUGCGAGAACGGGUGGAAUUGACCGAGAACCAGGAUCGUGGUGCAUUCUCUGUCAUCUGGACUUUCACUGAGGACGGAAAGAUUGCGGAUACGUGGUUUGGAAGAACAAUGAUUCAUUCAAACACGAUGCUGACAGACAAGAAUGUUCGAGACAUUCUCGACCUCGAUAGUAUUGAUGAAGAAGGUGUCGAGACAGAUAUUUUGACUCUAUACUCCGUCGCCUGUAUGCUUCACUCUAAUAGACGACAUGGUCUCAAAAGGCCACAACUCGUCUUUCAUUUUGAACAAGGCAGCACAAAGCCAUCCCAGGUCGAAGUCUCAGAUCAUUGGCAAGUAUUAUUUGAAGAAUUCCAAAUCCUUGCCAACAAAUAUGUUGCUCAAAAGAUUGCCAGCCAUUUGCCUGAUCAAGCGCUCCUUGUCUCACAGCCUCCCCAUCAUGCACGUAAAUUGAAGGAGCUCGUGAACUAUCUGAAAGAGCUUGGAUACACCUUGGACCCUCAUGCAUUUGAGCAGUCCAUCGAUCGGAUGACACCGCCUGAGGUACAGCAGGUCGUUCGUGCUCUGCUUCUUAAAACGUUCUCUACUGAGAAAUACUUUUGUACAGGCGUCUACGAUAUCUCACGAUUUUACCACCACGGACUCGAUGUUCCACUUUACACCCAUUUUGCUUCGCCUCUGACACGAUACGCUGAUGUGCUAGUUCAUUAUCAGCUCCAAUCUGCUCUCUCAGAAACAACCUUCCAUCUGGAGACAGAGACGGUGCAGAGGAUAGCUCAACAAUGUAACGCUAAAGCGAAAGCGGCUAGACAGAUCAUGGAGAACGCUCAGCAUUUAUUCCUGUCCUGUUAUCUGGAUUCUGUUCAACAGUACGAUGCGGUUGUCGUAGGUAUCCAAGAAGGUGCAUUUGAUGUCAUCGUCUUGCCAUUGCUACUAGAGCGUCGCAUUCAUACCAUUCAUCUACCAUUGAAAUCAGACACGUUUGAUCCAAACGAAAACAAAUUACAUCUCAUCUGGCAGACUUCACAACAACAACAACAAACAAGCCCAACUAAUCAAAAGAGACGAUCUAUCUGCCAGAAGCAAGAGGAAGACGUAUUGUUCCCUGAAGAAGCCAGACAAGUCAUUGCUCCGUUCGAUAUCGUCAAAGUCAUUGUAGAAUCUUAUCCUGUGCGAAAUCCACCGCUGAUCCGUGUCUUGGCUCGUAACCCUUUUGAAUAG